AUGCAGAGUUCUGAGAUAAAACUUGGUGCCAAUGGACUCAGCAAAUUCCACCAUCUGCAAAGUCUGUACAUUUAUGGCUGUCUGUCUGAAAUCGACCCAGAAGCCUUCGCGGGAUUAACAGACCUGCACAUGCUCUCCAUCGCUUCCUCGCAGCAUUGUAAUGCAUCUCUACCAUCUAAGCUGAAACAUCUAGAGAUCACUGGGAAUGGUAUUUCAGAAAUACAAGCCAAUACCUUUUCUGGGCUAAGGAACCUGGAGAGUCUGAAAAUGUCAGGCCACAACCUGAAGCAUCUCGAAGCAUCUUGCUUUGCCCAUCUUCCUUCCCUCAGGGUUCUUCAUCUGAGGUACUCUGGCAUGCAACUCCUGAAUCUGGCCUCAAUCUUUGGGGGCUUCCCUCGUGGCCUGUCUGACUUCACUCUCACAUCGGGCAGGCGAGACAUGACCUUGGUCAUCCCGAAUGACAGGACCACAAAGGUGGACCUGAGUCUCAAUCUCUCAGGUCGGAAAAUUGUGUUAUGGGGUUGUGAAAGGCCUCUCUUAAAGUCAGUCACAAAAAUUGAGAUCUUCUCAGACUUGUUUGUUUGCGCACCAAAUAAUACUACUCCUUUCCCUCACUUGAAAUCGGUGGUAGAUUUAAGUUUUUCUCAGUGGCAUGCAAGCACCAUCAACAACUUAACCUCUCUGAACAGAUUGGUGAAAUUAAAGCGUUUAGACCUCAUGAAUAUCAACUUCAUUAAUCUGCCAGACAUUGCUCUCGUGUUCAGAAACCUGACAAACAUGGAGCUGUUGAGUCUUUCACAUAUCUGGGUGGAUUCUUUGGAGGCAGGCCUUGUUCAGGACAUGACCUCUCUGAAGUAUUUGUACCUGGAUCAUAUCGCAACAGAGGUCAGCAUAUCACCAGGUUUCUUCGAGCAUCUACCCAGUCUGCGGUUUGCACAAAUCACGAAGAUCCAGCUUUGCUGCACCUGUGAUAAUAUCCGGUUCCUUCGCUGGGCAAAGCAGCAGCAACAAGUGCAGGUGUACUUGCACCAGGACAAACCAUUGCAGUGCAUAUCAGGAAAGGGUGCACCACAGGACAUUGAGCGCUAUGGCCAGGCCUACUGCAGUCUGGAUUUGGGCCGCCUGAUGUUUGCCAGCACGUCUUGCGUUCUCCUGCUCUUCUUGUCAACUGUGCUGUUGCAUCAGCUGGCCAGAGAAUACCUGCUGGCCUUCUACCGCAUCGCUCACGGCUGGAUGAACGAGGUGCUGCGUGACAGGGAGACGAUGAGACAUCAUCGCUACCAGUACGACGCCUUUGUGUCUUACAGUGGCAAAGAUGAGCCCUGGGUGGUGCAGACACUCCUGCCCAACCUGGAACAACAAAGGGGACCGCCGUUCCUUCAACUCUGCCUGCAUACCAGGGACUUCCAGCUGGGCAAGGACAUCGUGGAGAACAUCACGGACGGUCUGUACAGAAGUCGGCGCACCCUCUGCCUGGUCAGCCGCCAUUUCCUGCGCAGCCACUGGUGUUCCCUGGAAAUGCGGCUGGGCACCUAUCGGCUGCAGGCGGAGCGUAGAGAUGUGCUCGUCCUGGUGUUUCUAGAGAAGAUCCCCUCUAACCUGUUGUCUGCUCACCAUAGGCUGGCACGACUGGUCAAGACCAGAACCUACAUGGAAUGGCCACAGGACCCAGAAAGGCAGAUGGCUUUCUGGGACAGAUUGUGGAACAAACUGUUGGAGGGCAGAGUGUAA